AUGUCGAUAAAUCAUCAGAGCGACGACGCUUGUGUGGCGGACUUUGCUAACAAGAGCGAGGCUGUUAUCAUUGGAGAGGAGAAAGGUGAUGGACCUGAAAAUCUACACUCUCGCAAGAAGUGGCAGAGCAAUGUCACUAUCGUCAGUUGUUAUAUCGCAAACUUCAGUGACGGGUUUCAGAACAGUUUGGCGAAUCCGACCAAUGUUAUUUUCAAGAAAUUACUUGGGUCGGGCGGCUAUUCUGCCGACAUGAAAACGCGAAUUAGCAACUCUUUGAUCAUUGGAGCGAUCUUGGGCGUUGUAGUUCUUGGUUAUACUUCCGACAUGUUCUCUCGGCGAUCUGGACUACUAUUCACGUCCUCGCUGGUGGUAAUCGGUACAUUGAUGUCCACCGUUGCUCUCAGCGUGCAUCCAUCACAGGAUAUGCUUUGGUAUUUCGUCAUCGCGCGAGGUAUUGCAGGCUUUGGCGUUGGAGGUGAAUAUCCUCCCAGCGCGGCUGCAGGCAUUGAGGAAUCAGACACCAUCAUGAGAAACUACAGAGGGCCACUUUUCGUGUCUUUCACCACGCUGAUGGCUACACUUGCUGGUCCGAUCUUGCAAAUUAUUUAUCUCAUUUGCUUGAUCGCCAGCGGCAACAACCUUACGAUUACAUUCCAUGCGAUAUAUUCGAUCGCUACUAUUAUCCCUCUGAUAAUCAUUGUACUCCGCAUUUUCAUGACAGACUCGGUUUUAUUCCAUGAGUCCAACCUCACAAAACAACGCCGAUCGCCAAAACUAUACCUCCUUCUCGCCCGUCGAUACUGGUGGCGCAUUCUGACAACCUCUCUCGCAUUCUUCCUUUACGACUUCAUCAACUUUCCAAACAACAUCAUGUCAAGCAGUAUUAUUGCAUCACUCGUCAAAGAUAGUGAUAUCCGAAAAACCGCAAUCUGGCAAGUCAUCCUAGCGGUUCUCCCCGUGCCAGGUGUCAUGAUCGGCGCCUGGCUCACCAAUGCAAUUGGCCGGCGAAACACUGGAAUAUUGGGCUUCGCAGGCUAUAUGGUCCUCGGUUUUAUUAUUGGAAGCACAUAUGACAAGCUUUCCGAGAAUAUUGCCGCCUUUGUCGUUCUAUACGGUCUUUUGCAGGCAUUUGGACAUUUGGGACCAGGCGCAACAAUUGGACUCAUCUCUACUGAAGCCUUCCCUACAGCCAUGCGAGGAAUGGGCUACGGAAUUGCGACUGCCUUUGGAAGAACUGGCGCCGCCGUCGGCACUGAGUGUUUUACUCCGUUACAGACUGCUGCUGGAAACAGCUCGACAUUCUACUUAGCAGGCGGCGUGGCCAUUCUUGGUGUUGCUGUUUAUUGCCUCCUACCAGAGAGCAGUAAGCUCGAUCUGGAAAAGGAAGAUAGGUCUUUGGAAGAGUUUCUAGCCGAGAAUGGAUAUUCCAUUGGGCAAAAGGACAAAAGCUGA